GUCCUUUAGCAGCACAAAUCUCAACAGCCAGCUUUUGCUAUACAGUAUGUAAUUAUGAAGCAACAGGUAGUGACCUAAGUCCCUUAUUAUUUUAUUUGUGAUUGUUGUUCACGAUUCAGCAGUGAGUCUUCACUAAAGGGAAGUUGGAAGUUACACUGUGGAAUUCUGCCUUUAGGUGCCAUGAGGUAGAGGUUUUUCAAGCAGCUGUUUUGUGUGGAGAAGAGAGGAGAGGUUUAUUGCAAGAGUUGCAUGAAGCACUUCAGAAACACUGCAGUUUUUUUUCUUUCUUUCCUUCCCCUUCCCUUUUUCCCUUGAGUUAACUAAACCACAAAAGACAAGAAGUUUUUCUAUGGGCAAUACCAUAAUACCUUUAACACAGUCUGGAUUUGUAUAAGGAUGGUUUCACCUUUUACAUUCAGGCAGACAUCUCUGAUGUCAGAUCACACGGAAGCAGAUCACUGUGACAGGCUGGGUGCUGCCUUUAACCAGGUACACCUUGCAUCCCAACUAUUCUAAGGCAAGUUCCCUUGUGUCCAUGCUGCAGGUGGGACUCUGGAGGCACACCGGAGCUUGGAGGGGCCUGGAAGGAGCACCUUACAGCACGCUGGUGCCAUCUGAUGAAGUAACUAUUAAUUACAGACAUGGUCUUCCUGUGAUAACUCUUAUGCUGCCCACAAGAAGUGAACGCUGUCAGUUCACUGUCAAGCCAGUAGUGACCACUGUAGGAGCAUUCCUGCAGGAUGUGCAAAGAGAAGAUAAAGGAAUUGAGAGAGCUGAAGUCUUUGCAACAGAUGGUAGCAAGGUCUCUGAUGCAACCUUGAUGGAGGUCUUAUUGAUGAAUGACUUUAAGCUUGUUAUCAACAACACAGCAUACAGUGUGUCACCUCCUGUAAAAGAUAAGCUGAGUAGUGAGCAUGCUACUGAAAUGGAAGAUAUCAAAUCCUUGGUUCACAGACUGUUUGUAGCUCUACAUUUAGAAGAUCACCAGAUCAGGAAAGAGAGAGAAUUGCUACAGAAACUGGACCAUCUGAAAGGAGAGCUGCUGCCUCUUGAACAGAUGAAAGCCAGAAUCGUGGACAGUGCAGAUGCAAAAACCUCCAGGCUGUUAUGGGUUGGCCUAGCUCUGAUGUCAACUCAGGGGGGAGCGUUGGCAUGGCUCACAUGGUGGGUCUACUCUUGGGACAUCAUGGAGCCAGUCACGUACUUCAUCACCUACGGGAGUGCCAUGGCUUUCUACGCCUACUUCGUUCUCACCAAGCAGCUCUGUACUUUACUCUCAAAGUGGACAUCCUGAUGUUGAACUUUCUGUGAUGCCAAACUCUUUUUGUUGUGGAAUUACAUGGAAGAGCAACCAGCACUUUCUUCCAUUGUACCAGUGGAUCUAUAGACCUUGUGAGACAUUAGGUUCCUUCAGUGAAAAGGGGAGAUGCAUCUGUUUUUAUGAAGAGCUGGCUCAGAAUGUGAGUUUUACUCCUUCUGACUGGUUUUUAAGAAGGGCUAAGCCAUUCCUACUUUUUGUGAGUAGAUAAAGAGCUUACUACUUGGUUUUUUUGAACAGCUGCUGAUGCCAUUGCUUAGGACUUUCAAAUAAGUCCUCAAAACGUAGUUCCUGAACUUUGUCUGACUCCUUGGAAGUAGACUCCAUUGACUGAGGUGGCUCCAGUCAUGAAGAUGAUGCUAUGUCUUUAUUGUGACUGAAAAUUCCUUCAGACAUGAUAGAAAUUACUCUUACUAUGUGUUUUAAAAGCCCUUGUGGCCCUUAAGAGCAUAACUUCAUCUGUAGCCUCUUUACAAAACAUAUAUGGGUGCUGGACAAGGUAAGUCCUCCUGAAACAGGCUGAGUUUCUAAUGUGCUGACCUCCAGUCAGUUUCCUUGCUAACCACAAAUCCAUGUUCUCCUUCCUU